AUGGAUGCAUAUUUAAAUGUUUAGGGUGUAACUGGAUUUUAAAGGAUAUGGAUCACAGGUCGCCUUUGGAAAGUAUUUUCAGCAUAAUCGGAGGGCUGCCACAGGGACAUGACAAACCCGUAAAACAUGCAGUUUACAAUGCCGUGGCCUUAUUUCUGCUGUUUCUGUGCUGUGGAGCAGGAUGGGCCCUUUUUUUGAUACUUGAACCAUUUAUCAAACCUUUAAUGUGGGCAGUGCUAGUUGGGUCAGCAUUACAUCCCUUAAAAAGAUCUUUAAGGAUGACAUUUCAGUCAUGGUUCAAGACAUUAGAAGUGAAAAAUACACCUGUUAUUUUGGGGGUGUUUUUGUUACCAGUAAACUUUAUAGAUUAUUUGUCAGAAUUUAUAGGAAACAAUCUGUUGAAACGGUUAAGAUUGAUAAUAGCAGUUUGUGUGGCAAUACCUGUGAUCCAUGUGAUUUAUUAUUAUACACCUAAUAUUAUUACUGUUAUAGUUAGUAACUUAAUAGUUACCUUUUUUGGAUUUUUGAAUUUCUUUUUGAAUAAUUCUACACUAACAGUGGUAUUAUUUAUUACUAUAGCUUAUGUGUCCCUUGUAUAUUUACUUUGGAGGCCAGAAAAUAAUACCAAAUUUCACUAUGCUUCAAUUGGAAUUUGGUUGAUAGGAUCAUGUUGUUUGGCACAACAGUUUGGAUCAUAUCAACUUAUUGUUUUUAUAAUUCUGCAAACCAUAUUUUUUGGAGGCUUUAUAUGGGAAAUCUAUGAAGUUUAUACAGAGAUGAAUUUAACAGAAACGCCCGUUUCUUUUAAUAAAGCAAUAUCUAUUGUAUUUCAUGGUAAAUUACCUUACAAUGAAGUUCCACUAGAAGAAAACGAUUCUCAAGCUGAAAUGGAAAAUAUUGAAAACGACAUAAAGAGAAUUGAAAAAUCGGAAAAAAAUAGUCCUAACGAUGCUACAGAGGCAAAGCAAGAAGAUCCAUUUGCCCUUAGUUUAUUUGAAAAAAAGGCCAUGCAAACUAGUCCAGCAAAUCUUACUAAAGUUUCUAAGUCUGAACCUAAACUGUUGAGGUCAAUGUCUCAACCACAUGUCUAUUCACCCAAACAUAAAGUAACAUUAACUAAUAACAGAAAGUUAAGCUUGAAGAACUCCAAUCAAACUUUAAUUGACUCUGAGAAUUAUGAAAGCACAUUUUACUUAUAUUCAGUACUGUGGGCUUGCAUUGUGAUGUUAUUUUGGAAGAAUGUAAUGCUGCUGCCUUUGUUGCCAAUUCCAUUGUUGUGUUAUGUUAUUAAGCACGUUGGAAUUUAUUUGGGUAUGUGGCAAUGGAUAAACUUGAAGUUCAUUGAUAUAAUGGAAGUUGUAAGAGGUUGGUGCUCAAAAAGACAUGAUGCUCUGGUACCUGUACCAAUCAGAGGCAUUUACAGAAUUAUGGAUAAACUAAAUGAGGCAAUCAAAAGUGGAAUCAAAGGAAGCAUUGAUACUGUUGCAAGUUUUGUUGUAAUAUUUGCAUUGAUAGUAUUUGUAAUUAGUGCUUCAAUAUUUUUUGUACUGCAGAUUUAUGCUGAAGCAAUUAUGAUGGUACAAAUGACCAGUAAUGUAAUUAAUCAAACGGUCGUUCACAAUCCAGAGUUGCGACAAUUGUUGCCACCAGCUUGGGAUGAUACCGUCGACUCUAUAUUGGAUAAUGCGUAUCAGUAUGGUAGAGAAGGCAUAUCUAAAGGGGUCAGAAGUAUACUAUCUGAUGUAGAGACGUCAAAAUCCGAAAAGCUGGAGAAACAAGUUCUGGAAUUGUGGGACAGGGUGUACCAGAACUGGAUGUCAUCGGAAAAUACGGGUGGUCCUAAAGUUACUGAGGAUGCUGUUCGCAGUUCUUGGGAAAACUUUAUAAAUGAUAUUCAAAAAUCUCCAGGUAAGACUUUUAUGUUCUAUAUUACUAUAUUACUGUUUUUAUUCUUUUUUUUUUUGUUUUUAGAAAUGUUUAACAUAAAUGGUAUUGUGGAUUUUGCUAAGCAAAAUGUUGGAACGCUGAUAUCCUUACUGGAAUCUGUUUGGUCUAUAGUCAAAGGCAACAUCAGUUUAAUUCUGGGUUCCUUCAGUACAUUUCUUUCAGUCAUUCUAGGCGGUGGCACAGCCGUUUUGAACUUUAUACUCAGUGUGAUAGUUUUUUUGACGACCCUGUUUUAUUUAUUGAGCUCCAGUGGUGAUCUGUACAAACCUGUGGAGAUUCUGACAAAUUUCUCACAAAGUGGUAGAAGAUUUGGUCAUGCAUUGGAAGGUGCAAUAAAUGGGGUAUUCUUAGCUUCCUUCAAGAUGGCUGCUUUCUAUGGACUAUGGACUUGGUUAAUCCAUAAUUUAUUCAGUGUAAAAAUAGUUUAUUUGCCCUCAGCAAUUGCAACAAUUCUGGGAGCUGUUCCAUUCUUGGGAACAUACUGGGCUUGUUGUCCUGCUGUUCUUGACCUCUGGUUAGCACAAGAUCGUGGUGUCGAAGCGAUUUUGUUUGCAGGAUUUCAGUUUUUACCUACCUCAAUUGUCGACACAACCAUAUACAAGGAAAUUAAAGGAGGAGGACAUCCCUACUUAACUGGUUUGGCUAUUGCCGGUGGAAUAUUUUGUUUAGGGGUUGAGGGAGCAAUUAUAGGACCUUUAUUGCUCUGUGGCUUGUAUGUAGUUAUUGACUUAUCAUCUACAUUAUUUAAGGAAUCUCCAACGGAAGAAGAACUCAAUUUACGUUACCAACUACAAGAUUCUGAGCUUCUAUAAUUAAACGGCCUGUAGAAUUAGCUGCACUUGCUCUUAAUAUAUUAUGAUGCUUUGAGGCACUAUAUUUUUUAUUAUAUAAUUUGGCCAGUGCAGUUGUUGAAAGUGACUUGAAUGUGAUAAUGAAGUGAUAUAAAUAAGAAUCUUAAGAAUUUUAUUUUCAGUUACAGUAUGUACAUUGAUAUAUGUAUUAAGAUUUUGUCCAACUAGUCUAGUCUAUCCAACUCGUAUGUGCCCAAAAGACAUUCGUAUAUUCACUUGUUUUUUAUAGUAAAUACAUAAUACAAUAAAGUAAACAAAUAUUUCAAUAACUGUACUCAUGUCAAAGUUGUUAAGUUUUUAUUCUAUGAAAGAUUAUUUACCAAGUUUAUUCAUUUCAAAAUGUUUACAAAAUCUAUGACUGUAGAAAUUUAUUUACAUAAUAUAUUAUAAAUUUUAACAAUGAA